AUGGCAGGUGCACUGACGGAUGAUCAAAUUGCUGAAUUUCAUGAAGCCUUUUGCCUCAUUGACAAGGAUUCUGACGGAUUCAUUACCGUGGACGAAUUGGCAAUCAUUUCCCCAUCAAUAGAAGGGAAGCCAACUAAAGAAGAAAUCCAAAACAUGAUUAGAGAGGUGGAUCUUGAUGGAAAUGGGAGUAUAGAUUUUGAAGAGUUCUUGAAUAUCAUGAGUCGAAAAAUGACGGAAACUUUAUCUGAAGAGCUGAAAGAAGCCUUCAAAGUGUUUGAUAGAGAUCAAGAUGGAUACAUAUCCGCCACUGAGCUGAGGCAGGUAAUGAUGAAUCUGGGGGAGAGGCUGACAGAUGAAGAGGCAGAGCAAAUGAUUAGAGAGGCAGAUUUGGAUGGGGAUGGGCUAGUUAAUUUUGAUGAAUUUGCAAGGAUUAUGAUGCUCAAAUGA